CCGUUGAAAGUUUAAGAACUCUUUACAAUGUGUGGUACUAAGUGUCGAUUGUGCUUAAAAUGCCUUCGACAAGAAGACUUAUCCUGUUCCUUAGCCAACGAACAUUUCCUUCAAAUGAUUGGAACAAUCUUUCCAUUUUGGGAUACCGCGGUACAGACAAUCGAUAGCCAACCAUGCAAGAUACCCGAUUUGGUAUGCUUGCAAUGCUCUGCUAAAGUUGAAGACUUCUUCAAGUUCAGCGGGCUGGUGGAAGCUAAUCAAAAGAAACUACACGGAGAGUAUUUCGUCCAAGAGGCCGAAUCGGAAAUCGACAAUCUUAAUAACGAGAUGACAGCGAUUACCCUUAAAGAACCACUUGUUGUUGAUGUCGAAGCAAUACCGACGACGUCGAAAUGUGACAAAAAGAAUGUGCUGGUACAUGCGGAUUUUGUCAAUUCUCCAAAUAAACCCAAUAAGAAGCUACGUCUUAUAGGUCUCGUAAAAGAUCACCCGAGCAUCUGGGUUAAAAACUAUGAUGAAUCAGAUCAGAGUGCACAUUUGUCCUGGAAAGUGGUUUCCUCCGAGAUGAAGAUGGAAUUAAACAAAAUCAAAGAAAUGUGGAUAACACUUGAACAAAAAUAUGAAAAUUUAAAAAAUGGAAAGGAUUGUCCAGGCAAGUAUGAGAUCUCGUUAGCUGUUUCAUGA